GGUACUUGCUUUCACCCCACCCACCAUGCCCUCCCGCUCCCCCUCCGUCGACCCAACCCUCCGCCUCUCCCCCGUUCUCGGCCCACACCACACGCGCUACCUCACAACCCUCUGGCUCUUGAACCCCGGCCACUUCCCCACCGUCGAAUCGCGCCAACGCUGGGCCGCCGCGCACGACCUCCUCCCCGUGGCCGUGCACACGUGGUACCGCGCGAAGCGGCAGGCGAUGCAGAGGGCACGGCAGAGGAUACCGAGGGAGGAGUUUGAGCUGGGGCUGCCGGAGCCGAGGUUGCAGCCGACGCUGGAGGAGCUGGAGGAGAUGAGGAGGCCGAGGGUGAAGCCGCAACCGAGGAAGGAGAAGGCGGAGAGGUUUCCAACCGCUCCCGCACCCUCGUGCUUGGAUGGCGAGCAGCGCGUUACGCGUGCGGCUGCCAGACGAUUGCGCGGGCAGUCGCUCGAUAGCGAGGUGAUUGGAUACGAGGACGUUGAUGCGGAUGUGGACGGCGCGUGGGCGGCACGCUCGCCGUCAUCGUCGCCUGUGUCGGAGUUUUCGACGUUAUCGCUCGACUAUAUGCGCUCGGGCCGCUCUGAAUACUCUGCAACGGAGUAUGAGAACGCGUCUGAGUGCGAUGUGGACGAAGACGCGGUGAUUUCCACGUGCGGGCCGAGGGUCCUGGUGGACGGGUGCGAAGGCAUUGAUUGUUGUGACGCGUGCCAGAUCAUGGUAUCUGCCGGCCUAGUCUCCGAGUCUAUCCCCGACGCGCCCUCCAACAUCUGGGACGCGCCCUACGACUUCGCCUUCUGGGCCCACUUCGAGGCAAACGCGCUCGCACCAACGCGUCUCAAUUCUAUGCGUGACGCCUAUGAGCAGAGCGGGCUUGCGAGCUGGUGUGCAUCCGAGAAGGGGAGGGUGUACGAGGACUUCGUGUGGAAUAUGGAUGGUGGGGCUGUGUCGGUGAAGAUAGAAGACGGCGCCGAGGAGAUGGUUGUCAAUGGCUCGCUCUUUGCUCAUGCUUGA